ACUUUCCCUCUGCCCCGCUGGAGAAGGAGGUGUCCAGAUUGUAGUCACAAGCUAAACCAAUUCAACCUCAGUUCCUUCUUACAGGGUCUCCCUGGCAACGAUGGCAUACCAGGGAAACCGGGUCCAGCCGGCCAAGCACCUCCUGUUUUGAUGCCUCAGGAUUCAGCUUCCACAGGCAAUGAGAGCUGUGGCGAAUGCUCCAAGGGUCUACCAGGUGUGCCUGGCAUGGUUGGCGCUAAGGGCGAGAAGGGAGAUCAGGGCAAGCCUGGCGCUGAACACGUAGAUGGAUGUGAACGGUGUAUAGAGAAGCUGCAGAGAGAAGAAACACCAAGUGGGCCUACGAGUAACAGUGUUCAGUGCGUUGGUGCACCAGGGAUGCCCGGAUUCCCAGGGACCGCAGGGGUGAAAGGAGAGCCGGGUCCUAGAGGUGAGCGAGGACCUCCUGGUCUUCCUGGAACUCCAGGCAAUAUUGGUUUCCCUGGUCCUCAAGGGCCUCCUGGAUUGCCUGUAAGUCAAAGCAUGCAAACUUACGAUCAGCUCAGACAAACACAGAAGAUGUUUAAUUACCUCAGAAAACCAGCCCAUUUUCUCUUGUGCGCCAUAAUGAAUGCCAUGACAGAGAAAUAA